AUGAAGAAAAAGUUGUGUAAUCUUGUUUCCCAAAAGAGAAAACACAAAACAAUGAAGUUCUUGAUUUACAUCGUUGUGUUUGUUCUUCUUUUCAAUGGUUUGACGGCUAAUAGAGUGGAAAAUUCUCUAGUUCAAAGAUAUUGCAAGAAAAGUUCACACAACGGGGCACCAUAUUUCUACAAAUUUUGCAUUGCAUCUCUCGAAGAGAAUGCGGAUUCUCAAAAAGCGAGAAACACUGAUGAUUUAACAUUGAUUGGAACAAAUAACGCGUUAUCAAACUUAACAAAUGUGAGAAAAAUUGUGGAGAAGAUUGUGAAUGAGAAGAAAUAUAACAGCAAGUUGAGUAAGAAGUUGUUGAAAAAUUGCCUUAAGCUUUACUCUGAUGGUUAUAACGCGUUGACAUCAGCUUUGAAGAACAUCAAAAUGAAAGAUUCGGAUAAACUCAUAUUUAGUUUGAAGAGAGCGAAAAAGGCACCAAGCCUUUGCGAAAUGGGAUUCAAUGGUGACAAUCAACAAGUAUCUCCUGUGAAGAAAGAAAAUGAUGUUCUCUUCGAUGUGAUCAACAUUCCUUUUUUGUUUAAUUUUAAUAAUUUAGCUGCUGGACCAAUAUAG